AUUUUUUAAUCGCACGGCCGGGUUCACCCUGCCAUCAGCCGGCCGGUGCCCGCCGUAGCGGCUGGGGGGACAAGGCGAGGCGGGCUGGGCAGGGGGCCGCCAUCUUCUGAAGGCGGGCGCCGGGGGGCGAGGGGGGCGUCGUGCGGCCGCGCCUCCGCCCUGUGUGCGUGUGUCGGUGUGUGAGGGAGGACAGGAGGAGGAGGAGGAGGAGGGAGGGGAGGAAGGCGGGGUAAGGAGCCAGCUCCCCGCCGCCGCCGCCGCCGCCGCCGGGCGUGUGCCCGGCCCCCGGUGCUGCGUGCCCGGGCGGGGAGGAGGAAGAGGAGGAGGAGGAGGAGUGUGGGUGCGGGGAGUUUCCUUGUGUGGCGGCGGAGGAACAACGGCCGGGAGGGCGCUGCCGCCGCCGCCGGUUGCCGAGCGAUGUGAGGGGGGGGGAGCCCCCCCUCGGCCCUCCCUUCCCCCCCCGGAGCCGCCCGCUUCCCCCCCUUCCCCUCCCCUCUGCCCUCCCCUCAUCCCCGCCCCGCCAUGCCGGACCAGAUCUCCGUGUCGGAAUUCGUGUCCGAGACCAAUGAGGAUUACAAGUCGCCCACCGCCUCCAACUUCACCACCCGGAUGGCCCAGUGCAGGAACACGGUGGCGGCCAUCGAGGAGGCUCUGGAUGUUGACCGAACUGUUCUCUAUAAAAUGAAGAAAUCCGUCAAAGCCAUAAACCUAUCUGGUCUGGCUCAUGUGGAAAAUGAAGAACAGUACACACAAGCACUGGAGAAAUUUGGAGGCAACUGUGUUUGCAGGGAUGACCCAGAUUUGGGAACAGCAUUUUUAAAAUUUUCUGUGUUUACAAAGGAAUUAACUGCACUCUUCAAAAAUUUGAUUCAGAAUAUGAACAACAUAAUCACUUUUCCAUUGGACAGUUUGCUGAAGGGAGAUCUGAAAGGAGUAAAAGGGGACCUGAAAAAACCCUUUGAUAAAGCUUGGAAGGACUAUGAAACAAAAGUUACAAAAAUAGAGAAGGAGAAAAAAGAGCAUGCUAAGCUUCACGGGAUGAUCCGUACAGAAAUAAGUGGAGCUGAAAUUGCAGAAGAGAUGGAGAAAGAGAGAAGGUUCUUCCAGUUACAGAUGUGUGAGUACCUGCUGAAAGUCAAUGAAAUCAAGAUUAAAAAAGGAGUGGACUUACUUCAGAACUUGAUCAAAUAUUUUCAUGCUCAGUGCAAUUUCUUUCAGGAUGGGUUAAAAGCAGUUGAAAGUCUUAAGCCUUCAAUUGAGACACUGUCGACAGAUCUUUAUACAAUUAAACAGGCACAAGAUGAGGAAAGAAGACAAUUAACGCAGCUUAGAGAUAUUUUAAAAUCAGCACUCCAGGUUGAUCAGAAAGAGUCUAGGAGAGAUUCUCAGAUUCGUCAGAGUACAGCUUACAGUUUACAUCAGCCUCAGGGAAACAAGGAACAUGGCACUGAACGAAAUGGUAGCCUGUACAAGAAAAGUGAUGGAAUCAGAAAAGUGUGGCAGAAAAGGAAGUGCUCAGUUAAAAAUGGUUUUCUUACAAUUUCCCAUGGUACAGCUAACCGACCUCCCGCAAAGCUCAAUCUGUUAACCUGCCAAGUGAAAACAAAUCCAGAGGAGAAAAAAUGUUUUGACCUCAUAUCACACGACAGGACGUACCACUUUCAAGCAGAGGAUGAACAGGAAUGUCAAAUAUGGACAUCUGUUCUACAAAACAGCAAAGAGGAAGCUUUAAAUAAUGCAUUCAAAGGAGAUGAUAACACAGGAGAAAAUAAUAUUGUCCAGGAACUGACAAAAGAAAUUAUAUCUGAAGUCCAGAGGAUGACUGGAAAUGAUGUGUGUUGUGACUGUGGAGCACAAGAUCCUACCUGGCUUUCAACAAAUUUGGGAAUUCUAACUUGCAUUGAAUGCUCAGGAAUCCAUAGAGAACUUGGUGUUCACUAUUCCAGAAUGCAAUCACUUACAUUAGAUGUGCUGGGAACAUCUGAACUUUUGCUUGCAAAGAAUAUUGGGAAUGCUGGGUUUAAUGAGAUUAUGGAAUUCUGUCUGCCAGUUGAUGAGAUGAUAAAACCUAAUCCAAGCAGUGAUAUGAAUGCAAGAAAAGAUUAUAUUACUGCCAAGUAUAUUGAGAGAAAAUAUGCAAGGAAGAAGCACGCUGACAAUGCAGCUAAAUUGCAUGCCCUUUGUGAAGCUGUCAAAUCAAGAGACAUUUUUGGAUUAGUCCAAGUAUAUGCUGACGGCGUGGAUCUCACAGAAAAAAUUCCACUGGCCAAUGGGCAUGAGCAAGACGAAACAGCACUUCACCUUGCUGUUAGAUCAGUUGAUCGGACAUCCCUCCAUAUAGUUGACUUUUUAGUGCAGAACAGUGGCAAUCUAGAUAAGCAGACAUGUAAAGGUAGCACAGCCCUGCACUACUGCUGUCUGACGGACAAUGUUGAGUGCCUCAAAUUGCUGCUGAGAGGGAAAGCUUCUAUUGAAAUAGCUAAUGAAUCAGGAGAGACGCCACUUGAUAUAGCUAAACGCUUAAAACAUACUCACUGUGAAGAGCUGCUUACUCAAGCACUGUCUGGAAGAUUUAAUUCUCAUGUGCAUGUAGAAUAUGAAUGGCGAUUACUCCACGAAGAUCUUGAUGAAAGUGAUGAUGAUAUGGAUGAAAAGCUACAGCAACCCAGUCCUAAUCGGAGAGAGGACAGGCCUGUCAGCUUCUAUCAGCUGGGAUCAAACCAACUUCAACCUAAUGUAGCAUCGUUGGCAAGAGAUGCGGCGAACAUUGCUAAGGAUAAGCAAAGAGGAUUUAUGCCAAGUAUAUUACAGAAUGAAACGUAUGGAGCAAUACUCAGCGGCAGUCCACCUCCCAUUCAGCCUGCAGUACCUGUUACAAGCAGUGCACCUCCUCUACCUCCAAGGAAUAUUGGCAAAGUCCAGCCUUCAGUUCUUGGCAGUGGUAUUCAGACAAUUUCUUCAUCUAAUACAAUGUGGAAGACAAAUUCUUUAGGAGUGGAAAGUAUAAGCAGGCAGAGAUCUUCAUCUGAUCCACCAGCUAUUCAUCCCCCUGUGCCGCCAUUGCGUGUAACAUCUACAAAUGUGCUUUCUCCAGCACCACCGCCUCCAGUGGCAAAGACAGCCAGCAUUAUGGAAGCUUUGAACCAGCAAUCUAAACAGCAACCAGCUCCUCCACAAACUAAGCCAACCCCACCACCACUGCCCCCACAACCUCCUAGUAGAAUCUCUCAAAGAAAGCCUAUUUCUGGGACUGAGAAGUCAUCUGGCUUAGCAAACAAAGGGCAGUCUAGAGGACUUGGGUCUCUACAACAAAGUGCAGCAGGAGAAUCUUCUUCUGUAUGUGAGAUCCCAGUAACACAAACUGGUUCUACAGUAAAUACUUUGGCACAGAUCCAGCCACCAGCACCAAUGCCAAGGAAAUCACAAAUAUCAAAAACUAAACCCAAAAGAGUAAAAGCGAUUUACAACUGUGUAGCAGAUAACCCAGACGAGCUAACUUUUUCAGAGGGUGAUAUCAUUGUAGUUGAUGGUGAAGAAGAUCAGGAGUGGUGGAUCGGUCAUAUUGAUGGAGACCCCAGUCGGAAAGGAGCUUUCCCUGUCUCAUUUGUGCACUUUAUUGUUGACUAAAUUGCUACUGAUAAGUGGAGACAUUUCUCAUUUCCAGCGGUCACAGAAAUAAGUUCUGCUCUAUUUCAUUUCAUCUACCUAUCUGCAGACACCUUGCCAGAGCACUGCCCAAGUCCUAGGUACUGUAGCUUACUUUUUUAUUACCAUUGUUCUGAUUUGGGGACUUUUAGAACUUUUUUCUAUGUGAAAAUUUCUCAUGAGCAGUUUACAAAAACAAUCAGAAAAAAAACUCUUCCUGUAUUUUUUUAAGGUGAACUGAAAAGCUUUAACAAUCAAAAUCCAUGUGUGUGUGUCAACAUCACAACAUCAUGAAUUUUCUUUUCAAACCAUUUGCUGUAAUUUCACUUUCUGUUUUGUAACAUGACAAUACCACAGUUCAGUGUUGCUUCCCCAGUCAAAAGAAAUUGUGUGCAUCUGUAACAGGGCAGUGAAUUUAUCCAAUUCUCAAUACCGUUGUAAGGAUUCAGAACCAAAACGUGCAAGCUGCUGCAUAGUUCUCAGUUGGACUCAUUCAGCAUCUUGCCAUACUGGCUGUCAUCCAGGAUGUCAACUAUUGCAGAAGAAACAAUUUUAAGUAGGUGUCUUUGGCCAGGUAAAAGUGAAAAAGUAUUUCAGUUUACCACAGGAGAAACUUCUUUCUUUCAGAAUGGAUGUAGAUAUUUGCUUCAAGUUAUCUGAAAUCUGUGUUAGUUGUUGAACUUUCUAGUUCUGAUUUUGUGAGCUUGAGACUGUUUCAUUUUUAUAGGCUGCACGUGUGUGGAACCUGUUUUUUGAAUGUUCUUUAUGUAUGUUACAUCCAUUUUGGUCAUUUAAUGUGACUACUGCUGGUUAUCUAAACGAUGGCAAUAUUACCGAGUUACUACAUUAACUCAAGGAUAUGAAAACUGCACUUCCUGAAAUGUACUUAAUCAUGAUGAUGGAUUGCAGAGCAUUUCUUACACUUGUAUCAUUAUAGUGUUUAGACUUUUUUUUUUUAAUCUUGAAAUUUCUUAAUCAUCCAGCAAUGUGUUCGCACAGAGAACACAUUUGGUGGAAGACUUAGGUAACUAUCCUUGGUCAAUAAGGUCUCUGACACCUCACAAGUACACUACGUUAUGUUCUGUUGUAUAAAAAUUUGUGUGCCACUACCUUGCAAACAAUGAUGGUUUGCUAACUCACUCUGUAUUUAUAUAGUAUACCCACAUAUAUGGUAGCUACACUGUUGUUAAAUUUGUUUUACUAAUUUGUGAACAAAGGCUGGGCUAUUGGUAACUCCCAGGUGGUUGAUGGAAAACACCAAUACACAUCGGACGUCAUUUUGAUGUUGGCAUAUUGAGAGAUUGUACCAGUUUUUGCUUAUGCUACAGGAAAAAACUGAUGGCAUAGGAUAAGAGAAAUCUAUGUCUAGGUCAAAUCGGCUUUGAUCACGUUUUGUGAAUAUUCCAUCUCUAGAUUUAUCGAGAGAACUUUGAAUCUCUGACAAGUGGUGUUUAAAUUGGCCGCUUCAUAUUUAACAGAACGGAAAGUAGGCCACUGCAUAGUCUUAUUUGGAGAAAAAUCAUGUUGUGUUAAUGCUGGAAGAGCAACACUGAUCUUCCUGUGUAUCACCUUUCCUGAAUGGUACAGUUGGUUGAUAGCCUCUCAAACGUGUGGGUACAGCCAGGUAUAUACUGACCUUUCAUUUUCUAGAUGCUGUUGCUGCAGUAUAAAUGGGGAACAAACUGGAAUGUUUCAAGAUAUUUUUGUUGCAAGUUGAAGCAAAUUAGUCUGUAUUUUCAAAGUUCCCAGUAAGAUGAUAGAGUAAUAGUUUAGCACUACAGUUUUAUUCACUUACUGAUACGUUCAGUUUGCAACACUAUUUUGUAUGUUUCUAUCCCUGAUAGAGUCUAGAGAGUAAAUGGGCAUAUUAUUUUGCACAGAUCUCCUAAUGUACAGUAUUUUUAACACAGAAUCUUAUAGUGUAUGUAACAACUCGUAAAGUUAAACAAUGAUGCGAAUUUUCCUUAGGCUCUGCUAGAAGAGGAACACACUUUAAAAUGUCACAAUCCUGUUCACUAGUCACCUAGAAAACGUUUAGACUUCAGUGUGAUAGCACUACCAGUGCAGACUGUUAAAAUGUUGAGGACCAAUAAGGAGCAGCUAAGCAAAAUUUAUCCCGAGAUUUUCAACAUUUCUCAAAGUUUGCUUGUCCUCUGGCAGAGGAAAAAGAAAUUCUAGAGCCUGUAGAUAUCUAUUUAUAAUAUAAAAUUAAGAAUUUUAAGUCCAAACCUUUCGCAUAUUUCAUACAACUUUUCAAAUCUGAUCAAAAUAAUGAUUCAAAAAGCUGUUAAUAGACAGACUAUUAGGUUGCUGUGUUAACUGUUUAAAAAGGAGCAAAUGACAUUUAAAAAUGCAGCUUAGAAUGCUAUGAGAUGUAUAAUAUUCAAUUCAGUUGUUUUUAUUUUGUUUAGUUGCAGAGCAACUGUAUAUAUUGUAUAACCGAAAAUCAACUCUUAUUUUCAAUGUCCUGGAUGCAGUGAUUUAUAAUUAGAGCAUGAUUAAUAAAUUUUACUCUUGUUAACCAGUCAAAUGUCUGGAAAAAUAAAACUACUUUUAAAAUCA